GAGGAGCCACCGUUCAUGCUUGUCACCACCAAAAGAGGAGCCGCUGCCGCCGUCGAUUGUCACUGGAGAACACACCGUACCGCUGUGUCUCUGGUCGCUGGAAUCACGGACCUGAGAGAAGGGGGCUGCCUCUCCUGUUGCUGCUGCCUCGUUCUUUUAUUGUGUGGAACAUGGAAAGGAGAUAAACUCUGCAGUAGUUGCAGACAAGUGCGGUACUGCUCUGAGAAACACCAGGUGAGGGAGAACUUAGUAUUAUAUUUAAUUCUGCUUCACUGCUUCUACCUCGCUGCUUCUGCUUCACUGCCUUGGCUGAUUGUGGGUUGUCAUCUGUGGUUAGUGGUCUUUUUCUGAUUUUCAUUUGUUUAGUUAGGGCGUGUUUGGCUGUUGGCCAUUUUUGUUGGAGUUAAGAAGAAGAAAGGAAAGCGGUGUGUGAGUUUCUGCUUUUGUGUUUGUUUCAGUCCUUUGAAUAGUGAUUAGAGUUUGGAUUAUGAGAUGAGACAUGAUUAACUGAUUAUGGUGUUGCGAUUAGGGAGCGGAAUAAAGUAUGGGAAUGUGGGAUUUGCUAAUCUUUUGCUGUUGCUUUUGUUCACUAAAUUAUUAUUUGGAAAUUCUGUUGCUUUUG